UCACAAAUCAGAAUGGCCUUCUAAAUCACAUUUUGAGACGAUCUCGAUCAAGUGAUCGUGUUCGUCGUGUUGUCGUACCGCGCCGCUCGCUGGGUGGUUUUGCACUGACCCAGUACUGACCUGUAAAAUCCAGGAUUUUUCAUCUCCUAUAUAGCUACGACUGUCUGCCGCCGCUUUCCCCUCAGAUUUCUCGACCACUGUGCCGAUGCAUCAUCCCCGUCAGCCCGCCGCUCACAAGCUCGACAAGCACUUCUCAUUCCCUCCUCCAAUUCAGAUGCGACACAAAGGUCGUAACGCUUGCUCUGCAUGCAAGAAAGCACACAUCAAAUGUGUUUAUGAUGAGGGGCAACAGUCUUGUCACCGCUGUUCAACUAGAGCUCUCAGGUGUAGUCGGUCAGGUACACAUCAGCCGGCGGAUGCGGAAGCUUCUGCAUCCCCGGCAUCCCGACCUUCCGAAAACGCCUCGAUGCACCAGACGCAACUUGGAGCUGGUACUGAUGUUCAACCUGUAUCGCAAGAUGUGCAGGCCGGCCAACCGCGCGGCAUUACCGAAUACGGUGACGUCCAGCGCCGCUUCCAUCAGGAUGCUCGCGUUGUCGCGGACGACCAAUUAGGAUGGUACUUGCCCUUCGACCAUCUGAAUGAUCUGACGCCUCAAACUUCCCCGGUUGCCAAUCCUCAAGACAUGCUAUUGUAUGAGACUGUUCCUCAGUAUGACCCCUCGCAUCCCUCAGGCUACUACGUAACUCCCAUCCCGUGGGGUGUGAACCCUCCAGACGACGGCCAAUACCAAGUCGGAUAUGCUGAGCAAUGGGCCUCUCAAACUGACCCCUCAUCUCUCCCAGAAGCGUCAGUUCUUUGAUUUAGGCAAUGUUCGUGGCUUUUGACACCAUCAUACAGGUGAUAGUGUUCGGCGCUGACGCUCCCCUCGCCACUGCAGGACAGUACUUUGCCUAAUUCAGCGAACUCAGAGGGGACCACGCUUAUCCCACGCAUUUCCCAUCCACUUGAUUUUCAUGUAGCUCCGCAGGACCUGUGCUUUGAAUUACUAUAGCGCCCUGGGACAUGGCGGACAUUUUUUUCGCCUCUCUGAAUUUUAUUUCUUCUGGACUCUCGACUGUAGUUCGUUGAUACGUAGCGUACAUACAAUGUUUUCUUUUAAUCAAUGUUCCUGCG